AUGCCGACCCACGGAGUGCCGACCCUACGCAGCAACGCCGACCCUCCGUGCGAUGACCACCCACGGCUGACGCCGUCCGUUUACGAGGCCUACCGCACACGAUGCCCCCCCGACGCGCGACCCCCACGCGAGAGCGCCGACCGACAAACACGCCCGUGGUGUCGACCACCCGCGGCACAACUGUCCGCGACACCGACCGCUCAUCAUUAUCCCAUCCAACCUGAUUUCGUCACUUUCGACGAGAAAAACGUGAUGCCGAAAUUGAAGUCGGCCCACCUUUUCCUUGUGAAGGAACCUCAUUUGUAUCCUUUGAGUUCCCUUCUUUCCACCAUCACCAAUUUCCUCAAAUUCUCCCGAAACAGGGGCUACACUACAACCUCAACCACCCGAGACUCGAGCUCCAAUAACAACCUUCUAACCAACUACCUCACGGGAUUUCUAAAUUAUUCCCCACACGAAGCGGCCUCAAUAUCCAGCCGGGUCUCGGCAACACUCUCCACACAAAAGUCCGACUCAGUCGUCCACUACUUGAAAUCCCUCGAAUCUCAAGCCCAAAUCGACUUCUAUCAAGAACUGGGCUUGCACGGGCCCCACCUGCCGAUCAUCAUCUCCAAGAACCCUGGCCUCCUGACCGGCAGCCUGGACAGAAGGGUAAAACCGAGCAUCGAAGCUAUCAAGAAAGUACUCGAGCUCCAUCUGAGCUUAAACUUAAAGAAGGACGAAAUUAACCUUCUCGUUUUCCAUAUACUCUCGAGUUGCGGCUUGAUCGUCAUGAGCGGGUCGAGCCUGGAAUCCAAUAUAGCCUACCUGAAGAGCUGUGGGGUAUUGGGCUCUCAACUGGUCAUGCUUCUGAAAAAUGAGCCUAUGAUGUUCUCCAUACCGGGGGAUGACCUGAAAGGCCUCGUCUCACGGGCUGUUGAGAUGGGCUUCAAAACGGGCUCGAGGAUGCUGAUAUACGCUGUCCUAGUCCUCUACAGCUAUAAUCCCAAGACUCUUAGUAGAAAGUUCGAGUUGUUUCGAGUUGUUUCGGGAACUUGA